ACUGGACAAGGCAGCGCUGGACACGGCGGCAAAUCACUGGGAGAAAUAACACAAGAAGGAGCAAAGUGAAGGAUCGGUCAGGAAUGCCGGUGAGUUCGCUGACUUGCAGCGAUGGUUGAGCAUGGACUGCGGGGACUGAGGGAGUGGGGCCGACGCCGGCACACCAGCCCGGCGGCUCCGGAUGAAGCGAGCCUGCCGUGUCCGUGAUGGAGAAGGGCCGCAGAAAUAGAUUCAGGUAGUCCCCUCCCCCCCCCCAUAAUGGCAUUCCUCGUUCGUGUGCACUUCACAGUGUAAACCGCAUGGAAGUAAUAAGUACAGCGACGAGCGCAGAAAUACCGGAAUAGUGCGCACCGGAAUGCUAAACUGACAGUGAUAGCAGAGGUCCGGCGACAGAGGCUGUAACCCGACGUGCCGACUCAAUCCCCCAGGUAGCCCGUGUCCUGGUGCAUGCGUUGGUCCUCUGCAUCCAUAGCUGCUGUUCUGCACAUUUCCCGUUGCUCCAGUUGACGGUAUCCGCAGUCACCCGUGUCUCCUCCUUUUACCAUUCUGCAUUUCUGCCAGUCGUUCCGCCUGGUCAGUGUGCUGACGGGAGUGGUGAGCUGAGACUACAACCUGACCUCUCCCGAGUGGUCUCCCAAAUCAUUCCCGGGAUUGGAAGACAGUCAGGACGAGAUCACACAGACGCGGAAAAACGCGGGCUGAAACAGACCCUCUGGCAAACCAGGAAUUGUUUCCCAUUAAAAUCAGUGCCUGGUGAAGAAAAGCACUUUCUGCAUUUACUCGUGACUUGCGGAAAUCUAAAAGUCAUUCAGCUCUGGAUUUAUGAAGGAGGCUUGAUUUUCCUGCUUCCUGUUUAGCCUUGAUGCUGCCUCUUCCUUAAAUCUUGACUUCUCACCUAACCAUCUUGCAGGAAAAGUCUAUAAAUGGAUUUGCUGCAAAUGAGGGGUCUCCUCCUAACCAUCUUUGCUGCCUGCAUUGGUGGUACCUUCCAGUUUGGCUUGAACCUGACGAUCAUUAAUGCACCAACAACCUUUAUUCAAAUGUUCAUCAAUGAAACCUGGAUUGAGCGUUAUGGCAAACCUCUGGAAAGCAAAGUAAUCACACUGCUCUGGACUAUCAUCAUAACUGCCUUCUGUGUUGGAGGAGUGGUCGGUGCAUUUAUUGCUGGACCCAUGGCCAUAACCUGUGGCAGGAGGAAUUCGCUGCUACUGAGCAAUAUUUUUGUGCUCGUUGGUACUUUGCUGAUGGGACUGAGCAAGACGGCCAAAUCCUUUGAAAUGAUUUUAAUUGGGAGAUUUUUUACUGGAAUAAGCUCAGGUGUGGGAGUGAAUAUCAACCCCAUGUACCUCGGUGAGAGUGCACCAAAGAAGAUACGAGGCAUAGUGGCCUUGUCAUAUGCUCCGUUCACUGCAGCGGGAUUAGUGACUGGGCAGGUUUUAGGUCUUAGUGAGGUACUUGGCAGGGAAGAAACAUGGCCCAUCCUGCUGUCAGCCUCUGCAGUACCAGCUCUAAUCCAGCUGGCCACUCUUCCGUGGUGCCCAGAAAGUCCCAGGUACUUGCUGAUCGACAAGGAGGACAAGGAUAUGUGCAUGAAGGCGCUAAGACAGCUGCGUGGUGAUGCCAACCUGACGUCAGAAUUAGGUGAAAUGUUGGAAGAGCAAUCUGCACUUGAAGGUGAAAAUGUCAAGAAAAUAUGGGACAUGUUUCUAGACCGUAGUGUCCGAAGGCAGCUGAUGAUCACCACUGUGCUGGGCUGUGCCGUACAGUUAUGUGGGAAUGACACUAUGUACUACUACGCUGCAUAUGUGUUUCGUGCUGUGGGAAUUUCUGACAAAAACAUCCCAUACGUCACUAUCGGAACUGGGUGCUGUGAGCUUGUUACUGCAUUGACAAGUAAUCUGUUCGUUGACCGAGUUGGGCGCAGGUUGCUGCUUAUGGGAGGUUACGGUCUGAUGGUCAUCUGUGGAAUAAUUUUCACCAUCUCAUUGGCUCUCCAAGACAAGAUUAGCUGGAUGCCAUAUGUGAGUGUCGUUUCCAUCUUUGCAUCCAUCUUAAGCUUUGGAAUUGGCCCAGCAGGGGUAACUGGGAUCAUUCCGAUGGAGAUCUUUGACCAGACUGCAAGGCCUUCAGCUUAUAUGAUCAAUGGAUUCCUUUUCUGGAUAAAUUUUAUUAUUAUUGGGUUAACGUUCCCAUUUAUUGUUGAGGGGCUGGGCAGUUUCUGCUAUGUGCCAUUCCUUUUCCUUAGCUUCCUCUUCGUCGUCUUUAUUGGAAUCUUCCUGCCCGAAACAAAAGGAAAGACCUUUCUUGAAAUUUCCAAGGAGUUUCAUAAGCAAAAUUCCAGAGGGCUCAAGUAGACCGAGUGAAGAUAAAGCAAAGAAACUACGUUAAAGUCUGUCAAAACAUAAACAACCAAGGGUUCCUUUCUUAAAAUAAGGAUUUAAACGUUCAGGACUUGAGAGAGAAGAAAAUUCAUCAUCUGGAGGCUGGUGAAUCUUAGCAAGUCUGUACUGAUGUGCCUCUGUGGAGGCUGAUUUGCUGCACACGUCACUCGGGGUCACUUUGUGAGGUACCUCCUACACCUAAUACAGUGGCCACUGAGGGUAUGCUCUGCUGCUGAGCCCUUGCACUUCAGGGUUUGACAAGCUUUGUGUUCAGAGAUGCCCUUCUGCACCGUCGUAGUGCAUGAUUAUUGUCACCUUCCUGUCAGCUUGAACCAGUCUGGCCAUUCUCCUCUCACCUCUCCCACUAACGAGGCGUUCUCGCCCGCAAAACUGCUGCACACUGGGUGUUUUUUUUUGUUUUCUUUCACACGGUUCUCUGUAAACUCUGGAGACUGUUUGUGAAAACCCCAGGAGAUCAGCACUUUCUGAGAUGCUCAAACCACCAGGCCUGGCACCAACAAACAUUCCACGAUCAAAGCCACUCAGAUCACAUUUCUUCCCUAUUCUGAUGUCCAGUCGAAACACCAAGUGAACUUUUUGACCAUGUCUCCAUGCUUUAUGCACUGAGUUGCUGCUACUUGAUUGGCUGAUCAGAUGUUUAUGUUAAUGAGAAAAUGUGUCCAAUGCAGUGGUGGCUGAGUGUACCUGUGGCAAAGAUUGAUCGACUUGAGGGAUGUAGAGUUAGCACGAGAAAAUAAUACUGAGUGGAAAGAUUAGCCUUGAUAUUUGACAGUGAGGUGUCUCUGGGCUACUUCUAUUUCUGAUGUCCAGUUAAAUACUGGUGCUUAAUAUUUGGUCAGGCAGCAUUUGUGAGUUAGAAAGAGAGGGGUUGUUUAUGAUCUGAAACAUUAGCACAGACUUUUUUUUACCUAACCUGCUGAGUGUUUCCAGGAUCUUUGGAUUUUAUUUCAGAAUCAUAGUAUUGGUAGUUUCUUACUCAGUAUUUAAACAAUAUUCUUCCCUAUGCUUUUUUUUCUGCCUUCAUGCAGUGUGGGGUAGAGUAGCUGAUCUUUGCUGUUAGUUUUCUCUGUCACUGGGCAGGGAACCUACAGCAGAAACAGUUGUUGAUAAUCCAGGUCAUAUGUUCAAGUAUCUGCAGAUUAAUUCAUAAAAUUGAUCAAAAGAACCAACAAUUGUCAGUGAAAACUGAGUUCAUGCUUAUACUUUAUUGUCGCCAAACAAUUGAUACUAGAACAUACAAUCAUCACAGCGAUGUUUGUUUCUGCGCUUCCCGCUCCCUGGGUUACAAAUAUUAAAUAUUAAAAAUAGUAAAAAUUAGUAAAUAUUAAAAACUUAAAUUAUAAAUCAUAAAUAGAAAAAUGGAAAGUAAGGUAGUGCAAAAAAAACGAAAGGCAGGUCUGGAUAUUUGGAGGGUACGGCCCGGAUCCGGGUCACAUACCCUUAUGAGAAAUAAUUUCCCAAAGUUUAGGCAGCCCCUAGGUUUCAUAUUUUUCCAUUCCUGACAACUGUAAGCCAAUUUCUCUGUACCUGAGAAAUACUCAUUUUCCACUACUGCCCAUAUCAAAUCGCUCUACAUACAAUUGCUGUAAUUCUUUCAUUUCAUUGUAUACUCACUCUCAUAAGUAAACUAAUUGAAUAUAUAUGUAUCAUGUUAUUCACAAGCACCACAGAACACUAUUAUUGCUAUCUAGAUAAAUGUUUUACAAAUGUACAUCACAUUUGCACAAAUCAGGCCAUCCAUAGCCUGGGAACCUCUGUAGCUUUCGAACUUAAUGACAGGAAAUGCUGGAAAUACUCAUCUGGUUAGGCAAUAAUUAUAAUGGGGAAUCCAAAGUCAUGAAGGACUUCUUGACAAUGAUAGAUACUAAUCAAGAACCUAUCAACCUCUGCUUUAAAUAUACAAAUGACUUAGCUCCACAACCAUCUGUGGCAAUGAAUUCCACAGAUUCACCACUCUCUGGCUAAAUAAAUUCCCCCUCUCUGGUCUAAAGGAACAUCCUUGUAUUCUGAGGCUGUUCCCUGUGGUUACGGACUCUCCACUAUUGGAAAUUCUCUCUCCAUGUCCACUCUAUACAGGCCUUUCAAUAUUCAAUAGGCUUCAGUGAGAUCUCUCCACCUUCUAAACUCAGCAAAUACAGUCCCAGAGCUAUCAAACAUUCCUCAUCCAUCAACUCUUUCGAUCCUGGGAUCAAUCUUACAAACUUCCUCUGGACUCUCCGAUGCUAGCUCAUCUUUUUUUAUAUAUGGGGCCCAAAACUGCUCACAGUAUUCAAAAUGUGGUCUGUCUAAUGCUUUAUAAAGCCGCAGCAUUACAUCCUUGCUUUUAUAUUCUAAUCCUCUCAAAAAGAAUGCUACCGUGGCAUUUCCCUUCCUUACGCCUGCUAGUUAACCUUUCGGGAAUGCUGCAUGAGGACUCCCAAGUCCCUUUGCACCUUGAUUUUUGAAUUUGCUUUCCAUUUAGAAAAUAGUUUAUGCCUUUAUUCCUUCUACCAAAGUGCACAGCCAUACAUUUCUCUACACCGUAUUCCAUUUGCCACUUUGACCAUUUUUCUAAUCUGCCUUAGUCCUUCUGCAGACUCCCUGUUUCCUCAGCCCUACCUGCCCCUCCACCUACCUUUGUAUCAUUCACACACGUGGUCACAAAGCCAUCAACUCUGUCACCCACGUCAUUAAUAUAUAAUAUGAAACACCGACCCCUGUGGAACAUCAUUUUGUCACUGACAGCCAACCAGAAAAGGCCUCCUUUAUUCUCAUGCUUUGCCUCCUACGAGUCAGCCAAUCUUGUUAUCCUUGCCAGUGUCUAUCCUGUAAUGCAAUGGGCUCUUACCUUGCUUAGAGCCCCACCAGCGACAAAGGCAUUCUCAAAAUCCAAGUCAACAACAUCCACUGAUUCUCCUGUGACUUUCCUGCUUGUUGUUUCCUCAAAGGGAUAUCUCUGUUUCUACCUGCCCAAGUACACCUAUCCUACUUUCAACAGUGUCCUCAGCAUUGUGUUGUCAAAAAGAAGGGUGAGAGAGAUGGCAGGUGUUUAGAAGACUCGUUGAAGAUGAGAUGGGCCAUAUUGUGCUCAAUUUACAUCUGGAUUUGCACUCCCCGUUCCCAUGCUGGCCUGGUGCAGAUGCAUGUGUCCAUUUACAUAGUCUGACUGACCCCACAGUGAGGCCACAACCCGAAAUCCUGGAACUUUCUGAUAGACCCUGAAAGGAGGCAAACCAAUCAAAGUGCUUCCAAAGACCUCAUCUUUUAGAAUGUAUUAUUUUUAAAUAUCUCAGCAAUAUAGUUAAAAAUGAAAACUUUUUCAGUAUCUCUGAUGUACAAAGUCACAUAAAACAUUAAAUUAUUUCAAUGUUUAUUAAAUGCACAUUCAAACAUAUCAUUAAAAAGAUAAAAAUCAAGUACUGAAAAAUAAAUACAACUUGAAAAGAUGAUUUGAAUCAAGAAAGCAAAUAAUCUUAGUGAUGUUUUAAUAUUUAAAUACAUAUUUUCAAAAAAGGUGAACAACUUGUAAGCUUAUUUUUCAGAUUGUAUUAGUUGUUUUAAACUUUCGAAUGUUUCAAUGAAGUUGGGCAGCAGCUUGGAGAAUGUUUGAGUGAGUUCAGUGAGGACAACUCAGUGUUCAGUCAGAUAGGUGGACCCUUCAGCAUAAUACUUGGCAAUUCAGCCCAAGACGUGGAUACGCUGGCAUCAGACACUAAGCUUGACGUGAGCUGAUGAUGGGGCCAUGCGAAUCCACGACAUGCUAGCUGGGAGCAUCUGUAGUUGAGUAGCUUGGAAUCCACUGGCCACAGCUCAGCUCAGUUCACAAUGAUCUGCGACUCUCAUACUUCUGGGAUGCUGGGAGAAUCUGUAUAACAGCAGGAAAACCAAUUGCUUCACAAUCAAAAUUUGACAUUGAAAAUGGUAAUUCAUUCUCUCCAAAUGUAAGGACAUUUAUAUGGUGCACAGUAUAAAAUACCAAUAAAACUGUAUAAUAUUAUUUAUACAUUUUAAAUUAUGUAAGUUAAGCACACUUUAGUCUUCCUUGUGUUCUUUAAAGCAUAGAAGCUGAAUCAUAGAUUAGAAGACACAAGAGCAUGGGAAAGAACCUCUAGUAGUGCUGUACAUAUAGAUAAUCUGUGAAUGAAAAGUGGUGUUUAGUAAAUAAGCCAUUGCACUGAAGCAUGCUGGAAUUGUGAAGCUGAAGAUGUAAUUUUUCAACUUUGCCACCUUCCUGAUUUAUACCAAUUGCUACUAAAAUAGCCUUUGAAGAGCCUACCACAUGUAUCAAUAUCCUCAAUGCCUGCAUCAAUAAAUUAUUGAAGUGCCUGUUGAAGUAAUUGUAACAUUAAAUUAUUUAAAGUAUAAUUUCUGAAAGGUUGGAUAUAAAGCCAACCUCUGAACAAUGAACAUAUCAACUGAACAGUGUGAAAUUAAGGAAUAUUUGUUAAAGUUUCAUUUCCUUGUAACGAUGCCAAGCACCAGUAUUAUAAUAAAGUUAGGUUU